AUGCCUUCUGCAGAUAUGGACCCUGAGCUUCAGAAUAGGCUGAAAUCAGCGGUUUGGUAUACAGUUGGCAAGAUUGUUGAUGAAGCGUGUGAGAGUCUUGGGGUGAACGUUACACCUCAGUAUACCGCUGCUCUGACAGAACUGGUCUACGCACAAGCAGUGACACUUGCUACUGAUAUUGAAUCGUUUGCAUGGCACGCAAAACGAAAGACCGUGAACACGGAUGACGUCCUGAUGAUGUGUCGACGAAACGAGGGAUUAAAAGACGUUCUUGAAGAAUUUGUGGAAGAGCUUGAGGAGCGGAAGCGGUCAGCAAAGGCGUCAAAGGCUGGCCACAACUAG